AUGUCAAAUUACUUGGAGCGCCCUGGUUACGUGGCACUCGCUGCGGGAACCGCCACACCUAGCCCAGUUCCACACUCCUCACUAUUCUCGGUGCCGCCUCCAACAGGAAAAUGCCCUUUAUCCACUCCAAGUUCCAAUGAGGAGGGCUAUGUCCUGGCCUCUCCCAGAGGUGUAACCAUUUCACCACUGACGGAAAUUCUGUGUGAUCUAACUCCUGCCUUCUUUGUGACUUCAUCCCUUGGCUUUCUCUACCUCACAUGCCGUGCCCAACCAAACAUGUUUCUACCUCAAGACCUUUGUACAGUAGUUGUUGCUCUUCUUGGAUCACUCAUUCUUCAGAUCUUCUGGUUACUUAGAGGAAAUGCCACUUCCUCGAGGGAGACCUUCCUGCCCAUCCAUCUAAAGGUGUGCCUUUAUCUUCAUGACCCAGUAUGGCCGGCUGCUAGAGCUCGGACAGCCUGUUCUGGGAAGCAGGAUCGAGGACUGGCUGGAAAAAGAAGAGGACACAAGGCAGAGUUAUUAGAAGGAGUCAUUGCAGAAGAAACCAGGAGAAGAAGGGGGAUCCAUAUUGUGGUGGCCAUUUCUUUGAUCUUUGGAAAAAUAGCUCUCCAUACUGAAAAGUCAGAGAAUGCUGAUGGAAGGAUGAGAAAUUCACUUCAUGCAGUUUCUUUUUCACUAGACAGGACUGAAAGCAACAUGAGUCCCUCUUGGCAAAUGCAAGAUCUCAAACAGAUUGUGAUCAUUUUCAUUUUGGAGAAGAUCUCUCUGUGGAUGCAACUAUUAAGAAUGUUUUAUAGGCUGUGA